GUAGUCUCCCUCAGCUGAUAUGACAUAAAGCUCCUACACAUUAAAGCGCAUCAGUUCCUCAUGUAAACUCCACCGGAAUGACUUCCACUCAGGACAUAACGUUUACCCCGGUAAUUCUGCCCCGGGAGCUCGCGCAGAACCCACUGCAUAAGAUCUGGAUGCCGUGUAAGAACGGACUUCCGGAAACGCACAUUUCUCAGAGAAGAGUUUGCAUGACAAACUGUCCUACCCUCAUAGUGACUGUGGGGUUGCCAGCUAGAGGAAAAACCUACAUUUCUAAAAAACUCACUCGAUACCUUAACUGGACUGGUGUUCCAACUAAAGAGUUUAAUGUUGGACAGUACCGGAGGGACUGUAUAAAGAUCUACAAGAACUUUGAGUUUUUCCGUUCUGAUAAUGAAGAGGGACUAAAGAUUAGGAAACAGUGUGCUCUGGCGGCUCUGAAUGAUGUGAGACAGUUUCUCAGUGUAGACGGAGGACAUGUGGCUGUGUUUGAUGCCACUAACACUACGAGAGAGAGGAGAAAAAUGAUCCUGAGAUUUGCUGAACAAAAUGGCUACAAGGUGUUUUUUGUUGAGUCGGUGUGCGAUGAUCCGGAAGUUAUUGCGCGCAACAUUUUACAGGUAAAGUUAAAUAGUCCUGAUUAUAUUGACUGUAACACUGAGGAGGCUGUGCAGGACUUCAUGAACAGGAUUGAAUGCUAUAAGAACUGUUACGAGCCGCUGGAUGAGGUGAUUGACAGAGAUUUGUCCUACAUUAAGGUGAUGGAUGUGGGGUUGCGAUAUUUAGUAAACCGUGUAAUGGAUCACAUUCAGAGUCGUAUCGUUUAUUACCUGAUGAAUAUUCACAUCUCUCCACGCUCCAUCUACCUCUGUCGCCAUGGUGAGAGCGAACUCAACAUCCGGGGACGUAUCGGGGGAGACUCUGGCCUGUCCCCCCAUGGCAAGCGGUUUUCUGUGCGUUUGGGGAAAUUCAUUCAGGAGCAGAAGAUAAAAGAUCUAAAAGUUUGGACAAGUCAAAUGAAGAGAACCAUCCAGACCGCAGAGGCACUCAGUGUUCCGUACGAGCAGUGGAAAGCUCUUAAUGAAAUUGACGCUGGUGUGUGUGAGGAGAUGAUGUAUGAGGAGAUUCAGGAACAUUAUCCUCUGGAAUUUGCUCUGCGGGAUCAGGAUAAGUUUCGAUAUCGCUACCCUAAAGGAGAGUCCUAUGAGGAUCUAGUGCAGCGUCUUGAGCCUGUGAUUAUGGAGUUGGAAAGGCAGGAGAAUGUUCUGGUGAUCUGUCAUCAGGCGGUCAUGCGUUGCCUCCUCGCCUACUUCCUGGACAAAUGUGCAGAUGAGUUGCCGUAUCUGAAAUGUCCCUUACACACAGUGCUGAAACUCACACCUGUAGCGUACGGAUGCAAAGUGGAGUCUGUGGGUCUGAAUGUGGAAGCAGUGAACACACACAGAGACAAACCUGAGAACGUGGACGUGUCUCGUCUGGCCAAGGAGGCACUGCUCACCGUUCCUGCACACCAAUGAAACCACACCACACACACACACACACACACACACACACACACACACACAUCAUCCCACACUCCUGUUUAUUUGCUCCAUAAUAAUAAUCCUUCAUUAUUCUUCCAUCAGCACUGUGAAAUAAUAUAAUAAUAAUAAUAAUAAUAAUAAUAAUAAUAUAAUAAUAAUAAAGUGUUGACUGGAAUCCAGUCUUGUAGUCAGAUCUGUGUGUGUGUGUUUUACAGUGAGAUUUACACACACAUGCUGAUCUUUUGCAGCUGAAACACUUCAUUUAGUUCAUCAGUUCUACAUUUUCCUUAAAGUUUACAGUUUUUCAAAAUGUUAACACUUUUUUGUUGAAAAUCUAAAUAAUACAGUUUACUGUAAAGUGAUGCUGUGCCACAAAAGCCUUAGUAUGUGAGCUUCUAUUUAACUGCAGUCUGUGAUCUUUAACCUAAAACCUGCACUGGUUUAUUCAGGCACUGUAAAAGUGAAUGACUUCAGAUUAAAUUAAAUAUAAUUAGAUUAGAUUAAAAUAGAUUAGAUUAGAUUGAGGACUGGAUUGGAGUGAGGAGUUAAUUUUCUGAAUUAAAAUUGUGGACUAACAAAAGAAAUUUCAUAAUGAAUUUUGUGAUACAAAAAUGGACACCGUGAUCUAUAUCUAAAAAAAUAACAAUUCUGUCUGUGUGUGCGUGUGUGUGUAGUGAGUGUGUGUGUGUAGUGAGUGUGUGUGUGUGUAGUGAGUGUGUAGUGUGUGUUAUGAGUGUGUGUGUGGAUGUGUGUGUGUAGUGUGUGCGUAGUGAGUGUGUGUGUAGUGUGUGCGUAGUGAGUGUGUGUGUAGUGUGUGUGUAGUGUGUGUGUAGUGUGUUAUGAGUGUGUGGUGAGUGUGUAGUGAGUGUGUGUAGUGUGUUGUG